UAUAUUCAUAUCAGAAUUGCCUCAAUCAUUUCCACCAAGACUCGAAGCUAAGAGUAGCUAGCCAAAGCUAAGAAAUUUUAUAUCUCUUAACAUCAUAUAUAUAAACUUCCCACCUUCCUCCCUCUGCACCUCCUUCCCAUUCUUCUUUCAUCUUUUCCCUCUUUUUGAAAUCUUUCCCCAAAUCCCUCUUUCUCUCUUUGUCUCAAUUGAGAAGAAGUUUUAGGAAUCUGGAAUAUUCUUACUACUGUCUCGAAAGGUGACUUUCUGAUACCCUUGUUCUAUCCAUCUCUUGACAACACGCACAGAGAGUAAAAGGAAGAAUUACCUUGGCAGAACAAACCAAGAUUUCUCAAUCAUCCCCUUUCACUAGUCAUUUUAUUUUAUAAAAACGAUUACACACAUCUCCUCAAACAAUCGAAUUGAGUGAAGAGCAAACUCGCAAACAUGGCACCCUCAACUCGCUCCUCUGUGGGCAACACCCUCGUUGAGGAAAAGCAACCUCAGCAUCUUGACAUGCAUGGAAAUGUCUUUGAACUCCCAAAUUAUACCAUGAAAGAAAUUUACGAUGCUAUCCCAGCUCAUUGCUUCAAACCCUCCAUCAUUCGAUCAAUGGCAUACGUUGUCCGCGAUUACUUCUACGUCUCUACCCUCAUCUACCUCGCCCUUACCUUCAUCCCAAUGCUUCCAAAUCCAUACCUUAGAUUCGCCGCUUGGGUCGCAUACACCACUGUUCAAGGACUCGUUUUCACCGGUAUUUGGAUUUUGGCACAUGAAUGUGGACACGGUGCUUUCAGCAAGAACAAGAGAUUGAACUGGACUAUGGGACUGAUCAUGCAUUCUUUCUUACUUGUGCCAUUCCACUCCUGGAGACUUUCCCACUCUCAACAUCACAAAGCUACCGGAAACAUGGAUAAGGAUACUGCCUUCGUUCCACACACCAGAGAGAGUUGGAUUCAGAGAAACUUUGGAGAGAAGGCCAAGGCCAAUAUGAUCGAGUUUGCUGAAUUGGCAGAAGAUUCCCCAAUUCUCUCGCUUUACAAUGCAUUCAUUCAUCAAUUUUUUGGAUGGCCAGGUUAUUUGAUUGCCAACUUGACUGGACAAGAUUACGAUGGUGCCAAGGGAAUGAGAAUCUCUCACUUCUAUUUCGGAGAAGACAGUGUCUUUUACAAGAAGCACGAGUUGCCUUUGAUCGCCUUGAGUGACGUUGGUGUUGCUGUUAUGAUUGCCGCUUUGAUCUGGGCUGGUCAAGUCUUCGGGAGCUUCAAUGUCAUUGUUCUUUGGGGUGUUCCAUGGUUGUGGGUUAACAACUGGAUUGUUGGUAUUACCUUCCUUCAACACACCGACGCAUCCAUGCCCCAUUACAACAACAAUACCUGGAAUUUCGCCCGUGGUGCAACCGCUACUAUCGAUCGUGAUCUCGGUUUCAUUGAUACCCAUCUUUUCCACGACAUCAUCGGUACCCACGUUUGCCAUCACUUGGUCUCCACCAUCCCAUUCUACCACGCCGGAGAAGCAAGCCAACACAUCAAGAAAGUUAUGGGUCAACAUUACAAAGCCGAUGUCAAGACUCCUUUCUGGACCGCCUUCUGGAGAAACCAACGUACAUGCAAAUUCGUCGAAGAAUCCGAGGGUAUGGAAGGAAGUGGUGUCUUCAUGUACAGAAACUUGUACAACAGAGAGGGAGAAGUCCACGCUAAGGAUCUCACCAAUGGUCAAGCUUCUAUUGCUAAGUCAGAGAAGCCAACAGUCUCAAAGGUCGUACCAGUUGGCUCUAUGGCUACAGCAAUGAGCACCAGCAGAAACAUGAAUGCAGGAAGAAGAUUGAGUCAAAGUGUUCAAGAGAGAGCAAAGGCUGGAUUACCUCUUUUGGCUGAAGUUAUGGGGGAGUGAAUAGGGAAUAGGGGAUGAGAUGUUUGACAUGAAGAGUUGUGGAUAUAAUUGACCACGUGCAUUGGUGGAUGGAGUUGGGGAGUUUUCGCUUGCGAGUUAAGAAGAUACUUGGGUCACAACACGAUAACAGACUCAAGAUAUAUAGGUUCAAAUUAAAUCUUGGAAUCCCGGGGCGAGAUAUCCUUCUUUUUAGAGAUAGAUUAGCUGUUCGGUUGCAUCUUCUGGUGUACAUAGAGCGAUAUGGACUAGACUGGAUAGAUGGUUUAGAUUAAAUUCGACUAGACUAGACCACGGCAAUACGUUUAGAAUAGAACAAAAGCGUUAUUACACUCUUUAUAUUCUAUCGCUUUGAGCUUUCCAUUGAUUUUGUGGUUGUGAGGUGUAUGGGGUGUAAGGUGAUUCCAUUCAAGUGGCUAUGUCAGACUCA